AUGAGUCAGUUCGAUGGCGAUACCCAGAUCCCCGAUGCGGGCCCGCUGGACGAGGACUUGGACGAGAAAUACCCAAAUCGACCUCGCAAUCAUUCGCCCACUCUUUUAUUUCAUCAUCUUCUGACUGACCUUUUCAAUCCAUUAAACGACAACAAGAAAAAGCCCGCCACAGGUCCAGCUCGUAGAAAAGUUGGACCUCAUGGACCCUCCAGUCUCAAUCCGCAGGAGCGGAGAAGGGAUAUCAUCCAGCGAUUCAUCUCUCGCUGGCGCAAAGAUGUCGGCGAUGAUAUCUACCCGGCCUUUCGUCUUAUUGUGCCCGACAAGGACCGUGACCGUGCCAUGUACGGACUGAAAGAAAAAGUCAUUGGAAAACUGCUCGUGAAAAUCAUGAAAAUUGACAAGAAUUCCGAAGAUGGCUUCAAUCUACUGAACUGGAAACUUCCCGGCCAAAGUGCGACCAGUCGUAUGGCGGGCGAUUUCGCCGGUCGGUGCUAUGAAGUCUUAUCGCGAAGACCGAUGAGGACCGACGUGGGCGAUAUGCGUAUCGAAGAGGUCAACGAACGCCUGGAUCAGCUGUCUUCCGCUUCCAAAGAAGACCAGCAGCUGCCAAUCUUGGCUGAGUUUUAUCGGCGCAUGAAUCCAGAAGAGCUCAUGUGGCUGAUCCGUAUCAUCCUGCGACAGAUGAAGGUUGGGGCUACAGAGCGAACAUUUUUCGACGUGUGGCAUCCGGACGCUGAGCAACUUUUCAGUAUUUCGAGCAGUUUGAGACGUGUCUGUUGGGAAUUGCAUGAUCCGAAUAUUCGGCUAGAGGGGGAUGAGCGUGGCGUAUCACUGAUGCAAUGUUUCCAACCUCAGUUGGCGCAGUUUCAGAUGCAUUCUUUCGAAAAGAUGGUACAACGAAUGCGGGGAACAGAGCAAGAUCCCACGUUCUGGAUUGAAGAGAAACUCGAUGGCGAGCGGAUGCAGCUACACAUGGAAACAGACAAUUCAGUCGAGGGAGGCAAGAAGUUUUGCUUCUGGUCACGCAAGGCCAAGGAUUAUACAUAUCUGUAUGGAAACGGAUUUUUUGACCCCAAUGGCUCUCUUACUCGACACUUAAAAGAUGCGUUUGUUGAUGGGGUCGAUAAUAUCAUUUUGGACGGUGAAAUGGUUACGUGGGACCCCGAGCAAGAUGCACCAGUCCCAUUCGGCACGUUGAAAACGGCAGCGUUGGCCGUACAACGAGAUCCGAAUGCAAAAGGACCGCGCCCGUUACUUAGGGUCUUUGAUAUUUUGUAUCUGAAUGACAGGGAGUUGACACGCUAUACACUACGAGACCGUCGCAAUGCCAUCGAAAAGGCUAUAAGACCUGUUCAUCGAAGGUUCGAGAUACACCCAUAUACAGAGGCUACCACCGCCGCUGAGAUUGAACCUAUUCUUCGACGAGUGGUCGAAGAAGCCUCUGAGGGACUGGUGUUGAAGAACCCACGGUCUCCUUAUAGAUUGAACGAACGUCACGAUGACUGGAUGAAAGUCAAACCCGAGUAUAUGACUGAAUUCGGAGAGGCUCUCGAUCUCGUUAUCAUUGGCGGUUAUUAUGGGUCUGGGAAACGUGGAGGUGGUCUUUCAAGUUAUCUAUGUGGCCUGCGUGUAGAUGAUCCCACUGAAUCGAAUUCAAUGAAAUGUUAUUCAUUCUGCAAAGUUGGCGGUGGCUUUACUGCGGCCGAUUAUGCGAAUAUCCGCCAUCACACAGACGGAAAAUGGAAGCCAUGGAAUCCGAAAAGGCCACCAACUGAAUUUAUCGAAUUAGCGGGUGGGGAGGCCUCUCAAAAAGAAAGACCCGAUGAAUGGAUUCGGCCGGAUGAAUCAGUCGUAGUUUGCGUGAAAGCUGCAUCUGUCUCGGUCAGUGAAGAAUUUCGUAUUGGGUUGACUUUACGAUUUCCGCGAUUCAAGAAGCUGCGGAUGGACAAAGACUGGAAGAGCGCAUUAUCUGUUCAAGAGUUUUUGGACCUAAAGUCCAACGUGGAGAAAGAGCAGAAAGAGAAAGAGUUUACAGUCGACAACUCGCGCCGAAAGCGGGUUAAGACAUCUACAAAAAAACCUUUGACUAUCGCGGGUUAUGAUGAGGAUGCGAAGGUAGAAUAUGCAGGUUCAUCUGGGAACGUGUUUGAUAAAAUGAAUUUUUUCAUCAUGACCGACACAAACGGGUCCAAGAAAAAGACCAAAGCUGAAUUAGAGCAAUUAGUCAAAUCUAACGGCGGAAAAAUCUAUCAAACAAACACAGCUGCGCCUCGCACAGUCUGCAUCGCAGAUCGUCGAACAGUCAAAGUCGCAUCUUUACAAAAGAGUGCGCGCGAUGAUAUCAUCCGACCAAACUGGCUGCUUGACUGCAUCAGGCAGAAUGAGAUUGAUCGACAUUUAUCGUCGUAUCUUCUACCCUUGGAGCCACGGCAUAUGUUCUUCACGACGGAGGAGAGACGAGAUGAGAUUUCUAAUAACGUCGAUGUUUAUAAUGACAGUUAUGCGCGAGACGUUACGCCUGAAGAGCUUAGAACCAUUUUAGAUACAGCGAAACCUGGGAAGCAACAAUUGGCCGAAGAUGAUGACAAGAUUCACGAGAUUUCAGAAACUGUUUUUGAGCGAAGUCAUGAGGAAGGAACCACGCCGCCGGGUUGGCUUUUCAAGGGAUUAACCAUACAUUUCCAUGAGUCCGUAGACUCGUCAGAUAGUUCACACCAGAUCCGAACCUUCCUCGCUCGAAAGAUGACUGAAUUUGGAGGCGCCGACAUUGUCGACAAAUGGGAAAUCGACUCUAGUAAAACCACCAAGGGACGCGGUCACCAAUCAACAGCUAACUUCCCUACACACAUCAUCGUCGCUUCUUCGGAUUCAGCGAAAGACGAUAUCGCAAACAUACGCAAGACUAUCGCGCAACAACAGAUGUCUGAUCGCGGCUUGAAAGUCCCGCAUAUCGUUAGUAUGGAAUGGAUUAGACAGAGCUGGAAGGAGAAGACGUUGUUGGAUGAGGAUCGUAUGUUCCACUCUCCCCACCAUUUUCGAUCACCUCCCUUGUGA